CAUAGAAACGCCCCUCCGCUUCAAGUUAGUUUGAGCUCCGGCUGUCAAAGUGUUUAGCUCCAUUAAUGCUAUCAGCUAGUUAGCCGUGUUUACACCCAUGGGAUGACGAACAGAUGAGUAUUUGCAGCACAUAAACUGAGAGCCACACAAUUUGUUUCAUGUAUGGCCUGAAAAGCCCUUGUCAUGGCACCUACUUAAAGGGAGAAAGGGGGAGCACCAUACUGAUCCUCUUCAUGAGUAAUGAACCCCUUCUGGAGCAUGUCUGCCAAUACGAGUCGUAAGAGACCUGACAGCGAGGACCAGGGCGGACACGGGGAGCAGAAAACCAGCCCGCCCCGGCAGCCCUUCGGCAAGAAGCAGCUUCCAGCCAUCCCCAAGAAUGCAGCCGCCGUCACUAAGCCCACAGGCAUGGGCAGCCCGGCCCACUCAGCCAACAGCCAGCAUGUGCCCUACGGACCGUUUUACUUGGAGUACUCCCUGCUGGCUGAGUUCACACUCGUGAUUAAGCAGAAACUGCCUGGAAUUUAUGUGCAGCCGUCUUACAAGUCAGCGCUGAUGUGGUUUGGAGUCAUAUUCAUCAGGCAUGGCUUGUACCAAGAUGGAGUCUUUAAAUUCACUGUGUACAUCCCAGAUAACUAUCCAGACGGCGAUUGUCCAAAAUUAGUGUUUGACAUGCCAGUCUUCCACCCGCUCGUCGACCCCGUUUCUGGAGAACUUGAUGUCAAAAGAGCUUUCACCAAAUGGAGACGGAAUCACAACCACAUCUGGCAAGUCCUCAUGUAUGCACGUACAAUUUUCUACAAGAUCCACACCACAGAACCCCUCAACCCAGAAGCUGCUGUCCUCUAUGAGAAGGACGUGCAGUUGUUCAAGAGCAAAGUGGUGGACAGCGUGAAACUAUGCAACAGUCGUCUGUUUGACCAGCCCAAGAUAGACGAUCCCUACGCAAUAAGCUUUUCUCCAUGGAAUCCAGCUGUUCACGAGGAAGCAAAAGAACGAAUGUUCACAUACAAAAGACGACCCGAGGAUCACCACAAGGGAACGCAGGGCACAGGCCUGUCCUGGGUCAAACCGGGAUCGACGCAGCCCUUCAGCAAAGACGACAGCCCCCCCUCGUAGCUGAACCCGCACACGGCCACUAGAGGGAAGCACUUGCACCACUCGCCAUGCCACUUUUGCCUCCCCAAUCAAUGUUUGUGAGCCGGAUUCCUCAAGAGAAGGAAAAAGGAACAUUUUUGUUUUUAUUGCUCAGCUUUAAAAGUUUAACACGCAACAGCUUUAGCGUAAGGAAAAACCAAGUUUGUAAGGCAAAGAUGACAAAUGGAUGUCUCCAAGUAAAAUCAAAGAGUCGUCUCAUAAGACGCGAGUGCAGUGGAUCACAUGCUCUCUCUCUCUCUGGCUCAGGACUGUUCUACUCAUCAGACCAGGAAUGUCAAUCACAGCUGGGUUGAAGACCUCCAAUCUGUCAAUCAUGGCAAUGUUUGUAUUGUUUUCUUACUAAUUGGGUUUAUUUUUAAUGAUGUGCAAAGCAUCGUCUUACGGUUCAUAAUAUAUUUCCGAAUGGAUCUAAAUAUGCUCUAGAAGUAAAGUAGCAUUUUAUUAUUAUUAUUUUUAAAUUGGUGAAUUCUUAUUAAAGGAUAGGUUAUGUAAAUAAUGGUUCAAGGUUUGAUUUCCGGAGAUGGUAUUUUCCCAAUAUGAUUGCAAUCUGAUUUAUUGCACCCUUAUCAGUUGGCACACAAUUCAAGGAUUCAACUCCAAAGGAUAAUCACAUUUGUUGACAUUUUUUCAUUUCCCACUGUUGCACAUGAAUUAACUGUAUGACUGGUGUAAGAAUAUAAUAUUAGAUGGUGCUAAAAGCCGCUGGAUCUAUUUAUAGCCGCUGUGAAAGGACAAAUAUGUUGCUGCCAUUUAGCCUCCCAUCUUAAAUCAAACUAUUUUAUCGACCUGAUGUUCACCACAGAUCCUUUGCAUUGUGUGUGAAUGACAGUAUCGCAUAGAUCGAUCAAUGCUUUUUUCUCUUGAUGACAAUAAAAUAUUGAUUUAAUACUC